GCGCUGCGCGGCGCGGCGGGGCGGGGCGGGGGAGCCGCCACGCCGGGGAAAGCGGCCGCGGCGGGCGCUAGGUACCUGUGUGUCGCAGGCGCUGACGCCACCAGAAGCGGCCCCGAAUUAAACUUCCGUACAGGAACCUGCUAUAUACAAAUCUACCUCAGCUUUUUGAUGAGCAAAUAUGGCUGUCACACUGCACACUGAUGUAGGAGAUAUUAAAAUAGAACUAUUCUGCGAGCGAACACCAAAAACAUGUGAAAACUUCCUGGCGCUUUGUGCUAGUAACUACUACAAUGGCUGUGUAUUUCAUCGGAAUAUAAAGGGCUUCAUGGUUCAGACAGGGGAUCCAUUAGGUACUGGGAAAGGAGGUAACAGCAUCUGGGGCAGGAAGUUUGAAGAUGAAUUCAGUGAAUACUUGAAGCACAGUGUCCGUGGAGUUGUUUCAAUGGCGAACAAUGGUCCGAAUACCAAUGGAUCGCAGUUCUUCAUCACUUACGCCAAGCAACCGCACCUGGAUAUGAAGUAUACUGUCUUUGGGAAAGUUAUUGAUGGCUUGGAGACCCUGGAUGAGCUGGAGAAGCUGCCUGUGAAUGAAAAAACCUACCGACCUCUUAAUGAUGUUCGCAUUAAAGACAUCACAAUUCAUGCCAACCCUUUUGCUCUGUAGCCACAAAGUGCCUCAACACAGUCUUUAAAGAUUAGUCAGAAUGACUGCUGGAAUAUGGUGUUUAAAAUGACAUUAAAAAGAGUUACUCAAAGUGGAUCAUACCUUUGCUCCUUGAAUACAGGACUUAAAAGGAGUUGUGACAUUGUCUGGGAGUUGUUAUAAGGGAGUCUUACGCUUCAGAAGCAGAAGUUUUUCUAGAAUAUCUUCCAGGAUUUUGACUUUAAAACAUUGUUUUUUGUAUGUGUAAAAUAAGGAAAGACUUUUAAAAAUACAUUUUUUUUUCUCAAA